UCUCAUCUUCACUGUUGACGUUGAGACUGGUGUUUUGUGGGUACUAUGAAACAAUGUUGAUUCAACCCGUGUGUGACCAGUGGGCACGUUAUUCACUGCCUAUCAAUAGUGUUGUCAAUGUUUUAGAGAACAUUUAUGAUCUCCCUUAAUAUUUUCUCUCAAAUAUUAUAAUCAUGUGGGUUAAAUUACAUUACUUGACCUGUUAUUGGAGAAGUUUGAUAGUUUUUACUUGAUUUUCAAGCUCUUCUGACAUAUUUUUGUAAACUGUACUUUAGAAUCUCUUAAUGGCUAUAUUGUUUUAAUAAAAUGUUUAUUUCAUUAUUAUGUUCUCUUAAACAUUACAUCCAGUGGCAAUGCUACCACAGUGUGUGUGAACCAUCACUGGGCCUGGCACAGCAUGUUAAAAAUGUCUUCCUUCUUCUUGGUUACCUUCUCAUUUGUCACGUGAUGGUGCUUUCCACUCGGUCUUAAAAAACAAUUGAUGGUUUCUUGACAUGAGGUUGACUGAACUCCAUCCAAAUGUGUUCCUUGUCCUCCCCCCUUUUCUGUUAUGUUGCUCGAGCAGUCUUCAAACGAGGAAAUGAUCACGACACGGCUUAGUAGCAUAUGAAAAUGUCAGAACAUUUCCUUGUGUAGACAUUCCCAGAAUUUCUCCAGCUCUCUAUCUUGAUAACAGUGAGUGCAAUGUUCCGUCUAAGCUGCACACGUGAGUUGUUUCUAGUUUACUGCUUUGCCAUCACAAGACAAAAAUUAUCCUCCCCUUGGGAAAAACAGGUUAAUCAUCACCGUCUUGACACUCAGUCACUUGAAGACUAACUACAAAGGAGCACCAAGACUGCACCGAGCCAGUCAGUGUAGAGACCUUACCUUUGAACAUCCCUUGACGAUGGAAACGAUGACUACUCUCCUCCUACUGGCCUGCAUACUGGCCUGCCUGUCCAUGGCCUUACCAUACACCGUCUGUGCUGAGCCGGUAAAUCCAUUUAAUCUCCUGAAAGAUCGAGUGGACUGUAUGGAAAAGCAGCUGGGCAAGAUUGUAACCCCGGAGGAGGACCUCAGUGCAACAAACGCAAAACUGAAGUUGCAGGUAGCAAGAGUAGACACACUGAGGCAAGAGAAUGAAGGUACAUCUAAUAAGGUAGCAGCUCUGGAGGCCAAGCUCAAUGCUACAGAGGAAGACCUGGAGGCCCAGAAAGUUGAAGUGGGUAGACUGAGAGGCUUGGAAGAAAACCUGAACUCUAGUGCAGCAGCAGCUGGAUGGACAAAGAGUGUUGGUGGCCAGGCUCAAUGCCACGAAGACAGAGCUGGAAGCUGAAGUACAGGAGCUGGAUGGACAGACUGUUGGUGGCCAGGCUCAAUGCCACGAAGACAGAGCUGGAAGCUGAAGUACAGGAGCUGAAGAGAGACAACAGAGUAAAUGUGGCGUUGAAAGGAGUGGCCUCUCAGUCAUCUCUAAGGAAUCGGUGUAGCUUCAAAUGCCAUUGAUGGGACCAGAGAACCUGAAUAUAAUAAACAAUCCUGCAGCCAACACUCAGGAUGACACCAACCCCUGGUGGAGAGUGGACCUUCUGGGUGUGUACAGAGUGAAAGCUAUCAAUAUCAGCACUAUGCACUGCUGUGCUGAGAUUCGCAUCGGAAACUCACUGGAGAACAACGGCAUCAACAACCCCAGAUGUGAUGUCAUCUCCCAAAUACCAACAGGAGAGACCAACACCUUCCAGUGUAAUGAGAUGAAGGGUCACUAUGUUGUUGUGGUGAUUCCUGGCAGGAAGGAGUAUCUCCAUCUGUGUGAGGUGGAAGUACAUGUGGACGGACUCAGCGGCUUGGAAGCUAAACUGAACUCUCUAGAGCACCAACAGCUGGAUGGACAGCGAGUGUGGGGGGCCAGGCUCGAUGAUACAUGAAACGUGGCGUUGAAAGGAGUGGCCACCCAGUCGUCACUGUAUGGGGAUGGCCAGGCUAACAAUGCCAUUGAUGGCAACAGAGAAUCAG